CAUUUUGUAUUUAAAAUCUAAUUCUUUCUAGGAUAUAUGAUUUUUAUAUUAAUUAUUUGAAAAUUUUAAACCUUUAUGUUUUGGCCUAUGAUCAAAUUUUGAAUAUAUCUUGUUUUGGAAAUAUCUUAAAAAUGCAAAUUCUGCAACUAUUGAUACAAUUAUAGAUAGAUAUAUCAAUUAGAUGGGGAUAACUAUUGUUUGUGUCUUUUCUAUUCACAUGCAUUCAGUUUUUUGUUAGUUAUAUAAAAAAGAUCCUACUUGUGGGUAUUUAUUUAGUUUUGAUUAAGGUUUGCUCUGUGAGAUUAUUACUUGCAUACUCCUUGGAAAUUUACAUCUGUCUGAUAAAUGAAAUCUUUUAUCAGUUUUUAGUGGUUGCCUGUAUUUCUAGUAAAUCAAAUUUUUUAAAAAUACACACUUGACAAUUUUUGUUUAUAUCUAGCACUUAAUUUUGUUAGUUUCAACAUUUCCUUUUCUUUAUUGCUUUCCUUUCAUAUAUUCAUGUUUUUUCAGUUUUUUAAGCAGUACUUAUGUUACAAAAAAUAGAAGGUCAUUAUAUAGUUUGUAAAUUCCAAAACCAAGACCAAAAUUCAGAUCAAUUCAAAACUUAUGCCUGAAGAAGCAACUCAACAAAGGACAUAACAAACACUUCCUAAAGAAGAAAUGUAUCAUGGGAAAAGUAUAAUCAAACUUAGUGGUAAUGUUGAUAAAAUAAAUUCUUAGAAUAGAAAAGGAUAAAACAGAAUUUCAAAGCCAAUAGUGAUAAGCACUCAAGAAUUCAAAUGUGUUUAGCCUUUACUGGCAAGAAUAUUGUUACUGCUCCUAUACAGAUCAAUGUAGCAAUAUAUCAAAUUGUUAAAAUACUUAUAUUCAUGAGAUGUAAAUCUCAUUUUCAAGAAUUUAUAAAAAUAAUUGAAGGUAUAUAGAGAGAUUUACCCAUAGUGAUGGUCAUUGCAUCUCUUAACGGAAAAUUAGAGUAUUGGAAAUAUGUAAUCACCUCACAAUAAAAGAAUAGCUUCAGGCAAAUAUGAACUCUCCGCCUAAUAAAAUGCUAAAUAGAAAUUUAAAUGGUAUCUUUUAAGUGAAUUUAUGAGAGGAAACUUAAUUGUGAGCUGUGGAGGAGAAAAUGACUACAAACUAAAAUAUACAAAUAAGAAAAUUUAAAAACUGAUUAUAUAACAUUCUCAGAUGAUUACAAGUAUCAAACUCAUCAGUGUUAUUAGAAAUGUUUAAUUUUGUUUAUAUUAAUUAUACCUCAAUUAAGCUGUGUUUUUUAAAAUAAGGGUUAAAAGUAACAUGUCUUGAAAAAGAAAUUUUAUGUAAUUUUUGAAACAUUUUCUUUUUUUUUUUUUUUGUACUAAGGAUCUACUCAGAACUUUGCACUUAUCUGACAGGUGCUAUGCCACGGAGCUAAAACCCUGGCCUAUAUCUUCAGCCCCCUUUUCACUUAUUUUUCUAAUUAUCUAAACAUUGUUGAAAAUACAUACUACAUUAUUAAAAAUACAUAGCAAGCCAUACAAUUCUUAAAUAAGACAUGUUAUAAUUUACAAUGCCAAUCUCUUACCUAUUUUCAUUUUUGCAGAUUGAUUUUUAAAAGUUCUAAGGCAUAAUCAUAUAAUCUUCUUUUCCUUUGCAUUUUAAAAUUAUUUUUCCAUGUUUAUGCCCAACUUUGUAGUUACGAAUUUGAUGACAUUAUAUUCUAUAUUCUAAAAUCAUAUUUCAGUGAUUAAAUAUUUACAUAGUGAAUACUACAUCAAUUAAAAUGGCAGUUAUAUUUCUAAACAUAAUUAUGACAAAUGUAACUUAUCAAGUACCUUCAUAAUGCUUUACAAAAAAUGUCACUUGUAAUUCUUAGAGCAAUUUAAUGACAUAAAACCAUUCUGUGGAUAGCAGUAAGAAAUAUUCCUAGAAAUACAAAUUACUAUACAUUAGUCCUGUUUGUUGGUUCUCAUUUACUUCAGAAUUUUAUUUUUUAAUUUUUUAUUAUUUUAAAGAGAACAGAACAAAAUAGAACAGAGUAAAACAAUGCAAAUAACACAGGAUUUCAGAAAAAGAUAGCAGGAAAUCAACAGUGGCUACCAUAAUAUUUUUUAUUUUCUUCAAAAUAGUUGUCUGUACCUUCACAUAUAAUAAGUUAUACACCUCAAGAUGGUAUGAAAGCAAUCAAAACAUAAGAAUGAGAGUGUUAAGGGUUUUCAAGAUCAGACACUAGGAGAUCAAUAAUGGCUACCAUAAUAUCUCUUGUUUUCUUCAAAAUAACCGUCCACAUCUUCAUACAUUUUGAAAUCAAAUAAUUGAAAACAGAUUAAAAGCAAUCAAAACCAAGAAUAAAAGCAUUAUUGGCUUUUGAAUCAAAAUGAUAAGAAAUCAUCACUGUCUGCCAUGGCGUCUUGUUUUCUUCAGUGUAGUUGUUCAUAUAAUCACACAUACUAAAAUCAGUCCUUAUAAACUCUUUAGGUGAAGUUCUAGACAUAUGUAAACAUAUACGUGUACAUCUAUCCUUUCUGUAUGAGAGGGAAAAACAAAAUAAAAAAUAAAUAACUGUAUUUAAUAGCCCAAAACAAUAAUAAUGUAGGCUUACAAAACAAAGAGGUAAGAACAUAACAAUUUAUGUUGUUUUGUCUUAUUUGAAUUACCUGAUAUAGUCAUGCAAAAUUGAUCUAAUCCAUGGCCGUUACCUGUUUUGUUGCAAGAACUAUGAGAAUUAGUAGUACAAUCAUCUCAGUAAUCUUAAUGUAUAUAUAUGAAUUUGUAUCAUUUCAUUUCUCUUAUUUUCUCUGAGUUAUUUUUUCCUCUUUGAACAGUUUCUUACACUUCCACAAUAUUUAUUGAAAAUUUUGUAUUUUAUUUACUCUUUCAGUUUCUUACACAAGGGAGACAGCACGGUAUUUACACGUCAGUUUGAUUUAUUUCAUUUAUGAUUACAGUCUCAAGUCGCAUCCAUUUACUUAUAGAAGUUUCAAUGUGGUCUUUCUUUGUAGUUGAGUAGUACUCCAUUGUAUCAAUACUACAUCUUUUUUUCUAUUCCUCAGUUGAUGGGCAUUGGAGUUGUUUCCAAGAUUUAGGUAUUACAAAUUGUGCUGUUAUCAACAUGGGUGCACAUAUGUCACUGUGGUGUCAUGUUUUCAGUUCUUCUGGGAAUAUGCCCAGAAGUGGAAUAGCUGGGUCAAAUGGGACCUCCAAUCCCAGCUUUUUGAGGAACCUCCACGCUGAAUUCCACAGUGGUUGCACCACUCUACACUCUCACCAACAGUACCUAGGUGUUCCCUUUUCUUAUCAGCAUCUCCGGCAUUUGUUAAUGGUGGUUUUCUUGAACCUGGCUAUUCUUUCUAGUGUGAGAUGGAAUCUCAGUGUGGUUUUAAUUUGCAUUUCUCUAAUAACCAAUGAUGUUUUACAUUUUUUCAUGUAUUUAUUUGCCAGUUGUAUUUCUUCAUCUGAGAAGUAUGUAUUCAUCUCAGAUGUCCGAUUUUUGGAUUAGGUCUUUGAAUUUUGGAGGCAUGAUUUUUUUUUUUUAAAUUCUUUAUGUUUUAGACAGAAGUCCUUGGUCUGAGGGACAGUUCACUGAAAUUUUUUCCAAAUUGAGGGGUUUUCUUUUCACUCCAUUGGAGAUUUCUUUUGACAUGCAAAAACCUUUUAGUAAGAUGAGAUUCUGAUUAUUGAGUUUGGGAAGUAUUUCUUAUGCAGUUUGACUUCUGUUCAUGAAUUCUCUGCUGACCCCUAUGUCUUCAAGAUUUCUACCUACUUUGUAUUCCAGCAGACUCAGUGUUUCUGUUUUAAUAUUUAGAUCUUUGAUCCAUUUUGACUUUAGUGCAUGGUGAUAGACAUGAAUCUAGUUUUAGUGUUCUGCAUAUGGAAAGUCAGCUUUUCCAACACUGCUUGUUAAAGGGAGAUUCUCUUUCUUUCAGUGAGCCUGUUUUGCCCCUUUGUCAAAGAUAAGAUGUCUGAGUGUGUUUGUAGUUGUGGUUCUAUCUUCUAAUCUAUUCCAUUGAUCUUGAGGUCUAUUUUGUUUUGUUUUGUUUUUUGGUACCAGGGAUUGAACUCACAACCUCACAUUUGCCAGGCUGGUGCUAAUGCUGCUGAGCUAAGUCCCUCGCUCUACAGAUGAACAUUGGCGAUGACAAUUUCUGCACUUGUGAAGGAUAUUCUGAAGGCUUUAUGGUUUACACACAAGAUCUUUAGAAAUUAGACAGUAAAGGACCAAGUAAAUAAAUACCAGAAAACAAGAGCACAGACUGUUUUUCUUCAUCAGUCCACAAAAUCCUAAUACUUCUGUAAUUCCAUACAGCACAGAGGAAUGAACACCUUGACAGAUGGCCACAGAAGAUGUCAACAAUUUUUUGGAGGCAAAAGAGGUAUUCCCUUAUUGAGACUCAUAAAGGCAUAGUGUCUGAAGAUUUACUGCCUCCCUUACACGGCUGGAUCUCGCACUUGUUAUGUUUUCAUUAUUUUUUCUGCAAAAGAAGUUGGAACCCCAAAUGCUUACAGAGGCCAGACUGGUGGGAAUGAAGCAGGAAGCUACUGCAGUGAACUGGAGAUCCAAGUCUUUUCUAAAGGAGCCACUGCUCCGUUCCAGAUAAUUUUUUGCAAGGCAGGAAUGUUGACGUAGUGUUACCACAUUGUCCAGUUUCCCAGGGAAUUAUUGGAAUUUUGAAGUCAUGAAAACAUCAAAUGAACCAACCUGCAACACCUGGGAUUCAGAUUGGAAGAUAAAGAGAAAGUUUAAAGAAUGUGGCCUAUAAAGGCGGGUAGUACCUGGAAAUAUUAACUGACAUACUGUAAAAAUGAGAUCAGUUUUUAAGCAGUGGAGGUUAUCUUAAUCCAACAUCAAGGUUUAAGACAAAAUGUACAACUAAAAACUUUACAAUCCUCCAUCUCCUAUUUGAGAAAGGUACUAACAUUGGUGAAUUAUGAUUUUACUUAGUUGGAAUCACUCAUUUUUACACAUGUAGACCAUCCCCAGGAGUUAAAUAUCGGUUAUUUAAUGUAAAUUAUAAUGGGAAACUGAUAUUUUCAUCAUGGCAGAUUUCAAGGACUUGGUUUCAAACUGAGCCGUAGCUUCCCAAUGCAUUCUGUACAGUCUAGGAAAAACUGUGCUACACUGGCCUAUUUUUGAAGGCCAUCAUGCUGUGUAAUAUGAGGAUAUCAUCUUAUUGCUGAUAUCUUUGGAGAGUCCCAAGCAGACACAGAAAAUGAAUGGAGGCAAGGAGUGUGACGGAGGGGACAAGGAAGGAGGUCUUCCAGCUAUACAAGUUCCUGUGGGUUGGCAGCGCCGCGUGGAUCAAAAUGGAGUUCUUUAUGUCAGUCCCAGUGGGUCUUUGUUAUCUUGCUUGGAGCAGGUUAAAACAUACCUGCUUACUGAUGGAACAUGCAAGUGCGGCUUGGAAUGUCCUCUUAUUCUUCCCAAGGUAUUUAAUUUUGAUCCUGGAGCAGCUGUGAAGCAGAGAACUGCAGAAGAUGUCAAGGCAGAUGAAGAUGUCACAAAGCUAUGCAUACAUAAAAGAAAAAUCAUUGCAGUGGCCACACUUCAUAAAAGCAUGGAAACCCCCCAUCCUUCUCUGGUGCUCACCAGUCCCGGAGGAGGAACAAAUGCAACUCCAGUGGUACCUUCACGGGCAGCAACUCCAAGAUCAGUAAGAAAUAAGUCGCAUGAAGGAAUUACAAAUUCUGUAAUGCCUGAAUGUAAGAAUCCUUUCAAACUAAUGAUUGGAUCAUCCAGUGCUAUGGGAAGACUGUAUGUACAAGAACUGCCUGGAAGCCAGCAACAAGAACUCCAUCCUGUCUAUCCUCGGCAGAGAUUGGGCAGCAGUGAACACGGACAGAAGUCUCCAUUCCGUGGCAGCCAUGGAGGCCUGCCCAGCCCAGCAUCAUCAGGUUCCCAGAUUUAUGGAGAUGGUUCAAUCUCUCCAAGAACUGACCCACUUGGAAGCCCAGAUGUUUUCACAAGAAAUAAUCCUGGCUUUCAUGGAGCUCCCAAUUCAAGUCCUGUUCACCUGAAUAGGACUCCUCUUUCUCCACCUUCAGUAAUGCUACAUGGUUCUCCUGUACAGUCAUCCUGUGCAAUGGCUGGAAGGACUAAUAUACCUCUUUCCCCAACCUUGACUACAAAGAGUCCAGUAAUGAAAAAAUCAAUGUGUAAUUUUUCAACUAACAUGGAAAUGCCACGAGCAAUGUUCCACCACAAACCACCCCAAGGCCCACCUCCCCCACUUCCACCUUCUUGUGCUCUUCAAAAAAAGCCAUUAACAUCUGAGAAAGAUCCACUUGGCAUUCUUGACCCUAUUCCUAGUAAACCAGUGAAUCAGAACCCUGUUAUCAUUAAUCCAACCAGUUUCCAUUCAAAUGUCCACUCUCAGGUACCUGUGAUGAAUGUAAGCAUGCCUCCUGCUGUUGUUCCUUUGCCAAGUAAUCUCCCUUUGCCAACUGUAAAACCUGGUCACAUGAAUCAUGGGAGUCAUGUACAAAGAGUUCAGCAUUUAGCUUCAACUUCCCUGUCCCCUUCUCCAGUGACAUCCCCAGUGCACAUGAUGGGGACUGGAAUUGGAAGGAUUGAGGCAUCGCCCCAAAGAUCACGCUCAUCUUCCACAUCAUCAGAUCAUGGAAAUUUCAUGAUGCCACCUGUAGGACCCCAAGCUACCUGUAGUGGUAUUAAGGUUCCACCCAGGUCACCAAGGUCAACAAUAGGGUCCCCAAGGCCAUCAAUGCCAUCAAGCCCUUCUACCAAGUCCGAUGGACAUCAUCAGUACAAGGAUAUCCCUAACCCAUUAAUUGCUGGAAUGAGUAAUGUACUAAAUCCUCCAAGCAGUGCAGCUUUUCCUAGUGCAUCUGCCGGAAGUGCUUCUGUAAAGAGUCAGCCUGGUUUGCUGGGAAUGCCUUUAAAUCAGAUCUUGAACCAGCACAAUGCUGCCUCCUUUCCAGCAAGUAGUUUACUCUCAGCAGCAGCCAAAGCACAGCUAGCAAAUCAAAACAAACUUGCUGGUAACAACAGUAGCAGCAGUAGCAAUUCUGGAGCUGUUGCCGGCGGUGGUAACACUGAAGGACAUAGCACUUUAAACACCAUGUUCCCUCCUACUGCCAACAUGCUUCUUCCAACAGGUGAAGGGCAAAGUGGCCGAGCAGCACUAAGAGAUAAGUUGAUGUCUCAGCAAAAAGACUCAUUACGGAAAAGAAAACAGCCACCUACCACAGUGUUGAGUUUGCUCAGACAGUCUCAAAUGGAUAGUUCUGCAGUUUCUAAACCUGGACCUGACUUGCUAAGGAAGCAGAGUCAGGGUUCAUUUCCCAUCAGUUCAAUGUCUCAGUUACUACAGUCUAUGAGUUGUCAAAGCUCUCACUUGAGUAGCAAUAGUACCCCAGGUUGUGGGGGCUCAAAUACUGCUUUGCCUUGCUCUGCUAACCAGCUGCAUUUUACAGAUCCCAGUAUGAACUCCAGUGUUCUGCAGAAUUCACUGACACAGAACAUACCUUUAAGAGGGGAAGCCGUGCACUGCCAUAAUGCAAACACUAACUUUGUUCACAAUAACAGCCCAGUCCCCAACCACCAUCUUGCAGGUUUAAUAAAUCAGAUUCAGGCUAGCGGGAACUGUGGGAUGCUCAGUCAGUCGGGCAUGGCUUUAGGAAAUUCAUUACAUCCCAAUCCACCUCAGUCAAGAAUUUCAACGUCCUCCACUCCAGUGAUACCAAACAGCAUUGUUAGCAGCUAUAAUCAGACAAGUUCUGAAGCAGGCAGUACAGGCCCAUCCUCCUCCAUAGCCAUAGCUGGCUCCAGUCAUCCUGCCAUCACAAAGACAACAUCUGUUCUUCAAGAUGGAGUCAUAGUCACCACCGCAUCUGGAAACCCCCUGCAGAAUCAGCUGCCCAUUGGGAGUGAUUUUCCUUUUGUUGGCCAGGAGCACGCACUUCAUUUUCCAUCCAACAGCACUUCAAACAACCAUCUUCCACACCCCUUGAACCCCAGCCUCCUCAGUUCUCUACCUAUCUCUUUGCCAGUGAAUCAACAGCAUCUCCUAAACCAGAAUCUAUUAAAUAUCCUCCAGCCUUCAGCAGGAGAAGGCAAGUCUGAGAUCAACCUCCACCCUUUAGGUUUUCUCAACCCAAAUGUAAACACUGCUUUAGCUUUUCUCUCCGGUGACAUGGAUGGACAGGUAUUACAGCCUGUUCACUUUCAGCUCUUAGCAGCCCUGCUUCAGAACCAAGCCCAAGCAGCUGCCAUGCUUCCCCUGCCGUCUCUCAAUCUGACUAUCUCAGAUCUUUUACAACAACAAAAUACCCCUUUACCCCCAUUAGCACAGAUGACAGCCCCACCAGACCAUUUGCCAAGCAAUCAGUCAGACAACAGCCGAGCUGAGACCCUUUUAACCAACCCCCUGGGGAACCAUGUACCAAAUUUUGCAGGCAGUGACACUACUUUUAACCCCCUAUUCCUCCCAGCUGUCACUGGGGCCUCAGGAUUAAUAGCCUUGAAUCCCCAGCUGUUGGGAGGUGUCCUGAACUCAGCAUCAGUCAACACUGCUAAUCAUCCAGAGGUUUCCAUAGCAACCUCCUCCCAGGCAACCACUACCACAACCACUACAUCAUCAGCAGUGGCAGCACUGACUGUCUCAACACUUGGUGGGACAGCAGUGGUGUCAAUGGCAGAAACAUUGCUGAAUAUAUCUAAUAAUUCUGGGGACACACCUGGUCCAGCUAAACUCAACAGUAACUCUGUGGUGCCACAGCUACUUAACCCUCUACUGGGGACAGGUCUGCUUGGUGAUAUGUCAUCAAUAAACAAUACUUUGAAUAACCAUCAACUGACUCACCUACAGUCGCUGUUAAACAACAAUCAGAUGUUUCCUCCAAAUCAGCAACAGCAGCAACUUCUCCAGGGGUACCAGAAUCUCCAGGCCUUCCAAGGACAGCCCUCAGUCCCUUGCCCAGCUAACAGUAACCCCAUGGCUUGUCUGUUUCAAAACUUUCAGGUAAGAAUGCAGGAAGAUGCAACUCUCCUAAACAAGAGAAUAAGCACUCAGCCUGGGCUCACAGCAAUUCCUGAGAAUCCAAACACGGCACUUGCACCUUUCCAAGAUACGCCAUGUGAGUUACAACAGAGGAUCGACCCAUCUCUUGGUCAGCAGGUGAAGGAUGGUCUUGUUAUGGGUAGCCAAGGUGAUGCUUCUGUAGAUGCCAUAUACAAAGCAGUUGUCGAUGCAGCCAGCAAAGGAAUGCAGGUUGUCAUCACCACUGCCGUCAACAGUACAACUCAGAUCAGCCCUAUUCCAGCUCUGAGUGCCAUGAGUGCCUUCACUGCCUCGAUUGGCGACCCAUUGAAUCUCUCCAGCGCUGUCAGUGCGGUCAUUCAUGGACGGAACAUGGCAGGUGUUGAUCACGAAGGCAGGCUGAGGAAUGCAAGAGGGGCCCGGCUGUCCAAGAAUCUAGACCAUGGGAAAAACUCAAAUGAAAGAGAUGGGUUUGAGUAUUUCAAGUCAGCAAGUUGCCACACAUCCAAAAAACAGUGGGAUGGGGAGCAAAGCCCCAGAGGGGAGCGCAACAGAUGGAAAUAUGAGGAAUUUUUAGAUCAUCCAGGCCAUAUCCACAGUAGUCCUUGUCAUGAAAGGCCCAACAAUGUCUCUACACUGCCAUUUCUGCCUGGGGAACAGCACCCAAUAUUGUUACCACCAAGAAACUGUCAAGGGGAUAAAAUUCUGGAGGAAAAUUUCAAAUAUAAUAACUACAAAAGAACUAUGAUAAGUUUUAAGGAGAGACUAGAGAACACGGUGGAAAGAUGUGCACAUAUUAAUGGGAACAGGCCUAGACAGAGUAGGGGAUUUGGAGAGCUGCUAAGCACUGCAAAGCAAGAUCUAAUCUUAGAGGAGCAGUCUCCAAGUUCCUCAAAUAGUUUGGAAAGUUCUCUGGUUAAAGACUACAUCCAUUACAAUGGAGACUUUAACGCCAAAAGCAUUAAUGGGUGUGUGCCCAGCCCGUCGGACGCUAAAAGCAUUAGUAGUGAAGAUGAUCUAAGGAAUCCAGAUUCCCCUUCUUCAAAUGAGUUGAUACAUUAUAGACCAAGGACGUUCAAUGUUGGUGACUUGGUCUGGGGCCAAAUCAAAGGACUGACUUCCUGGCCUGGAAAGUUGGUAAGAGAAGACGACGUUCACAAUUCAUGUCAACAAAGCCCCGAGGAAGGGAAGGUGGAGUCCGAGAAGCUGAAGACACUAACAGAAGGUUUGGAAGCCUACAACCGAGCCCGGAAAAGAAACAGAAAAAGUGGAAAGCUAAAUAACCAUUUAGAAGCUGCUAUUCAUGAGGCCAUGAGUGAACUGGACAAAAUGUCUGGGAGUGUUCACCAAAUCCCACAGGGAGACAGACAAAUGAGACCACCCAAGCCCAAGCGGAGGAAGAUCUCCAGAUAACAGAGACUACUCUACUAAUGUGCAGUGUUUGUCAAAGAGAUGUGCAGAGAUGUAUAUGUACAUAGAUAUGGAUAUGGCCACUGUUAUAUCAGUAUUUAAACUAUGGCAGAUAGCUACCACCACAACAGGGUGCUAAGAGGAACAGUGAUACACACGGAGAAUGAGGAAGGAUAAUGAGUGGUGGAAAACCAGUCAUAAUCCCUGUAUGAUGAGAGGGAUCAAUGGUCAGGAGUACUGAGCAACUCUUUUUCUAUGACACUAAAAUUGUGAUUAAAGAAAUAGUCCAAAUGUUUCUGAAGAAUUUUCAGUGUUGUAUAUAGAAAAUACAGAAUUUCAUGGUAAUAUCGAAAAUGUAAAUAUUGUACAAUAUUGUCAUGUACAAGCAUACCUAAUGCACACUUUAUCUUUUAUUGUACAAAGAAAUAGUGUACAAAAUUCUUUGGUUUCUAUGGAGUACACCUACCAGAGACUACCAGUGUAAAGUGAUAAAUAAAAAUACAACCUAAAUGCUUUUCUA